UCAUGUACAUAUAUGAUAUAUAAGUCAUUUUUAGGCCCAUAUGCAUCAUGAAAUCUUAAACUAACAUUAGAAAGUAGAAACCCUCCCUCACUCACACGGAAUUCUGAGGCUCGAAUUCAUCUUCAAAGCUCGUUCUAGUUCCAGUUUAUCAUCAGAUUAUUCUCAGAAGUUACAGCUUAAUAUAAGCCAUAAAACGUAGCAGUCAUGUCGGAGGCAGACUUGGAAAACAUGCUUUUGGAGGCAGCAGGACGUACUGGUACAUCCAAGAGAAACAAACAAUCACAUCCAUCUUCCAGAAGGCGACACAAGGGUUCGUAUUCUGAUGAUGGAAGUGAUUCCAAGGAUGAUGACUCAGAUGAUAACCAUGGACAUGCAAGCAGAAAGCUGUCUGGGCCCCAAAUUCCUUUGAAGAAAAGAUCAAAGAAUAGAGAUGAUGGUCAGGGAAGUGAUCAUGAUAUAAGUAACAAAGAUGGUGUAUCUGAUCAUGAAGUUUAUAGCAGUGAUGAUUCUGAUGUGGGUAGUGACCUCUACAAGGACGAAAAUGAUAGGGAAGAGCUCUCGAAGUUGACAGAGCUUGAGAGAGAGAUGAUCCUGUCUGAUAGGGCAGCAAAGAAAGAUGACAGAAAAUUGCACAAACAGAUGCGAUCAAGAUUGGUCAGUGAGAAAAAGUCCCAAUCUGCAACCGACAUCUCGUCUCCUACUUCUCGUGGUGUGCGUUCAUCUAUCAGAUAUGCUGAUCGCAUUGCAGCCAAAGCUGAUGCAUUGAAGGAGUUGAAAGCGAGACGGAUGAAGCGCGAUUCAGAUGGGAAGCAGAGAUUGGGCAAUGAACGUCGUUCUUCCAGAGAAUACUCUCCAAAGAAGAGGAAAGGCAUUAGUGAUUAUAGUACAGGUAGCUCUAGUGAGAGUGAAAAUGGAAGCGACUCUCACAGUGACGAUGAAGGAUCGGCAGGAGGUGGCGGAAUGGACUAUAGCGAUGACGAGAGAGAUAAGACUAUGUCAAAUACUCCAACUUAUGAACAGAUAAAAGACAUUACAAUCAGGAGGUCAAAACUGGCAAAGUGGUUCAUGGAACCAUUUUUUGAGGAUUUGAUUGUUGGUUGCUUUGUCAGAGUUGGUAUUGGAUUGAAGGAUGGACAGAGCAUUUACAGGUUGUGCAUGGUUCAAAAUGUUGAUGCAUCUGAUCCAAAUAAAAGAUACCAGCUUGAGAACAAGACCACCCACAAGUAUUUGAAUUGUGUGUGGGGCAGUGAUCGUUCUACUGCGAGGUGGCAGAUGGCUAUGGUCUCUGACUCUCCACCUACUUUUGAAGAGUAUAACGAGUGGAGGAGAGAGGUUGAGCGGACUGUUGGCCGGAUGCCACACAGUAAUGAAGUUCUGGAGAAGCAGGAGGCUAUCAAUAAAAUCAAUAGUUUUGUGUACUCAGCUGAGACAGUGAAACAAAUGUUGCAGGAAAAGAAAUCAGUCUCAGCCAGGCCAAUGAACAUAGCAGCAGAGAGGGGAAAACUGAGGAGAGAGUUGGAAAUUGCAGAGUACAAAGAGGAGGCAGCUGAUGUUGAAAGAAUUAAAGCCCGGUUGCAUGAACUGGAAAAGGCCAGACGAGGCCAAGAGACAGAUACGAAAGCCCUUAAGCUUGCAGAGAUGAAUCGAAAGAACCGAGUUGAGAACUUUCGAGUUUCAUCCUCCAGAGCAGCAGACCGAAGUUUGAAUCCUGGAGAUGCUGGAUACGACCCUUUUUCGAGAAGGUGGACUAGAUCUACGAACUACUAUUCUGCGAAGCAGGAAAGUAAACCUGCUACAACAUCUGAUGGAGCAGCUGAAGGAAGUGGAGUUGAUGAUAUCACCACAUCAAACCCCGAGAAAAGCGUGAAUGGUGGUCCUAAAGCUGCAGCAAGUGCUGGGUUCAGUGCUACAGCUGCAGCCUUGGUCGCUGCUGCUGGAGCAGGCAAAUUAGUGGAUACAAGAGCACCGGUGGACUAUGGAACAGAGUCAAACUUGAUGCAUAAUUUUGAUCUACGCAUUUCACUUUCUGCGCUAGAGACGUUUGGGGGUGCAUAUGGAGCAACAGCAGCCUUUUUAGCCAGAAAGCAGAGGAUUGAGGCUAAGAUAGGUUGCCAAGUUCCGGUUGACGAUGGAAAGAAGCAUUCAAUGACUCUUUCAGUGGGUGAUUAUAAGAGGAGGAGAGGGUUGCUCUGAGAACUAUUUCUUCCGGUUUUGGCCGGAGUUCGGGUUCAACAACCAAGUACUUUAAUUAGGUUAUUGGUAGUUCAUCAAAGUAGUUUUUUAAGUUAGGAAAUAUUGUCUCAGGUUAGUCGUACACUCGUACUAAGAGUAGCAAAAUUUUGCAGUGAGAUGCCUAAAUGCCUUUGAUCAUGGAGGCUCUAUAAUGAAAGCUUCUUGUUUACAGUUUUUGUUUCCUAAUGUUACUAGUCCGUUUAGUAGC